UUCUGCGCUUUCGGUUUCAUUCUAUGGGCAGAAUCUCAUAGCUGAUUGCAACUAACGCCGCCGCCGCAGCAGCCAAAUCGCGAUCUAAGGGUAGAGACUUGAAGGGCGGCGGCGACGUAUAGCGCCGACGCAAGAGAUGUUUCGGUGGAAUUUCGCGGAGGCGAUCUUAUCGCGGUGGGCGAUAAAACGGGUUUGCAAGUUUAUUUUGAAGAAGAAAUUGGGGGACUUCAUUCUAGGCGACAUUGAUAUUGAUCAACUCGAGGUGCAGCUCACUCGCGGCACCAUACAGCUAUCAGACCUCGCCAUAAAUGUUGAUUACAUUAACCAGAAGUUGGCUGGGGCUGCAGUUGUGUUGAAAGAAGGAUCAAUUGCUUCUCUGUCCAUUAAAAUACCAUGGAAGCUGCAAAACUGUCAGAUAGAACUUGAUGAACUUGAACUCGUGCUUGCUCCUUUCACGGGAAGUAAGAUUCAGGCAUCUAAUAGCUGUUCUGAGUCAAGUAGUGCUGAUAAACAGCAAGUGGAGUGCCAUAGCCCAGACAAGAAUGAACCGGGAAUUUGCCGAGAGAGUUAUGGCUCAGUUUCUCUAGAUAUUCAUGAAGGAGUAAAGACAAUUGCUAAAAUUGUGAAAUGGCUCCUAACUAGCUUUCAUGUAAGGUUAAAAAAUCUUAUAGUUGCCUUUGAUCCUUGUUUGGAGAUGGAUCAAAAUAGAUUGCCAGUUCACAAAUCAUUAGUUCUUCGGAUUGCGGAAACAGAAUUUGGAACCUGUCUUUCUGAAGAUGCUGACAGAAAUCAUAUUUCUAAGUCGGAUUGCCUUCUUGGAAUGGCUAAACUAACAAAUUUUGUGAAAUUUAGAGGCGCGGUAAUUGAGGUAGUUAAGAUGGCUGACAUGGAUAAGAGUUCUUGUACUCAGGAUAGUUUACAAACUUUAUGCAAUGAAUGCAGUUCAAGUAGCUCACCAUUAGGAUAUACAACGGCAAUUUUGACUGGUAGAAGUGAGGGGAUCUCAGGAAGAAUGAACAUAAGCAUUCCUUGGAAAAAUGGAUCUCUUGAUAUUCAUGAAGUUGAUGCUGCUGUCUGUUUUGAUCCCAUUGAGUUAAGACUGCAGCCCAACACGAUCGAGUGGAUUAUUAUUGUAUGGGAAUCUCUUGAAUAUGCAGGCAAAGCUGCAAGAAAUUGUGCUCAGUUUAAUAUGAUGGAUUCUUCUUGCUUAAAUUCUAGAUUUCACAGUUCUUCUUUGAGAAACUCUACUAUGCUAGGUGCUGAUGUAACAAAUCCAAGCAGCAGAAAAGUUUCAGAGGAAUUGCCUUUUGAUUUCAAUGGAGAGUCAUUUUUUGAUGAUCUAAUUCCUCGAACACAUGUUAUUCAUGAUUGGGUGCCACUAUCAUUCGAAGAAGACCAAAAAGAGUUGGAAGAAGAUUAUGGAGCAAGCAUAGAUGAGUUUUUUGAAUGCUUUGAUGGGUUGCGGAGCUCUCAGGCAAAUUCUGCAAAUAGUGGGCUAUGGAACUGGACUUAUUCAGUUUUCAGUGCAAUUAACGUUGCUUCUAACCUUGCUUCUGGUUCCGGUCAAAGGCUUCCAGAGCAACAUGUUGAGACCAGUUUAAGAGCAACUGUUGCAGGAGUCUCUCUUUUCCUUUAUUUCCAUGACAAGGAAGGGAAUGUUUCCGAUCAGUUUUUUGGCAGUGACAGGGAUGACAACAAGUCAUGCCCACUAGAUCAUUUGAGACCUCUAAAAAGUUGUACUCAAAAUUCCUUAUCAAGUGGGCAAAGCCUUGACUCCUAUGCAAGCUGUUUUUCUUCUAUGGCUGAACCUAAUUUGACUGGUCUAAAGAUAGACCAUCUCAAAGCAAACAGUCAAGAUGUAGUUAUUACUUUUCAGAUUGGCUCACGAAAGAAAGAUUGUAAAAUAUCAGUCAAAGAUGUCAAAAUCGACGAGUACUAUCAAAAAAAUCAUGUCAGGAUGUUUGGCUUUUUUGAUAACAUUGACCUGUUUGAUCAGAUGCUUAUAAAUAGAAGUCUGAAACAAAAGGUUCUGGAUGCUCUUCCUCCCUUUCCUGUUUUUAUCCAGGAGUAUGAUUUAGAAACAACUAUUGAGCGCAAUAUUGAGAAUAUCAGUGAAAAUUCUUCCUCUCAGCAGGGGUUGAUUAAGGUUGGACUCAUGGAAACUUCAGGUGAUUUUAGCUUCCAUUGUGUUGUUAGUGUGGCAGAUCCAAGUGGAAGUUCAGUGUCUUCAACUUCUUUCUCUUUGAAUUUUCCACCGUGUGUUCUGUGGCUCCACUUUCAUUUGAUAGACUCGUUACUAAACCUCUUCAGAAUGGUUGAAACCUGUUUUAAGAGAAGUGUUGAUAACAGAGAUUUCGUAGUUGAAAACUCAUCUCGUGAUAUAAAAUUCUCGCCUCAUGAUGUAAAACGUAGUGAUUCUUCCAUAAAGACUGUUCCUAGAGCAGAUAACGUGCAAGGAAAUUUUGUCUUUGCCCGCACAAGGAUCAUCAUUUGCUUUCCUCUGCAAAACAUGGAAGAUUUUAGGCAUUUAUAUCUCAUGGAUAAGUUCAUUAUCCUUGAGCAUUUCCCACCGCUUAUUACUGAAGAAGUUUCAGAGGUUUCUCCCCGUCCACUAAAACAACUUGGCGCAUCAAAUGGUAGUUCUUCAACCCCAACCCUUUCUUUGCAUUUUGAUGUAGGGACCCUCGACAUGUACUUCACUAAUUCUAUACCCAAAGAUGCUAUUGCUGACCAGUCCAGUCCAUUCAAAUUAAAAGAAGUCUCUGUUGUGAAAAUUCUUUCAUUAACCAACAGAACAGGCGAUAAACUCUCUGGAAUUAGUAUAGUUUGGCAGAAUGGUCCUGUAACUGGUCCUUGGAUGACAAGCAGAGCUUGGAGAAUGGCAUCUACGCAUGACCGAAGAAGUAGGAAUAAAGUCGCCGGAAAAGAUUGUGAAUUUUAUUCUGUGGCAGCAGUUGAGGACAUUGAGGAGAUGUGUUCCGAUAUUCGCCAGGAGUUGAUUCUUAGCUCCGGAUUUCUGCUUUGUCUAGGCUUUGCUACCAUUCAGCUCAAUCUCCACAGCCAUGAUUAUGAAAGAUUGAGUUGCCUUUUAGAUAUUGUCAUGCAGGGCUUGUCUAGUGGAGGUUCUUCUAAAUUUGGUGUCUCUGAGGAGGAGCGGAUUCUAUAUAAACAUGAUUCAUCUCAAGCUACUAUUAUCAUGGAUUGUGAUAUAUUGGAUCUACACAUUGUAUUUGAUGAGGUACCUGACUGCAGUCUUUCGGUUCAAAAGGAGCUAAUUGGUUCAUGGAAUGGUUUUAGGCUCAUAGUUGAGAAGUUUGAGAUAAUGUCUGUUUCGAAUAUUGGUGACAUUAGCGGCACAAACUUUUUUAGGCUCAUCCAUGGAGAGGGACGAUUAUGUGGUUCCAUAUUCAAUGUUAAUGACUGUACUUCUUCAGCAACCCAUGAUGUUCUCUUAAUAUCUUGCACGAACUCUGUUAGCAGGCGUGGAGGUGGUGAUGGUUCUAAUGUGCUGUCUUUCGGCUCUGCUGGAACUACAAUUACAUACCUAAGUAAUCCUCAUUUAUCUCGUAGUCAUACAUCCAUUCUCAUUCAUUGCGGUACAAUCAUAGCACCUGGUGGCCGUCUAGAUUGGAUCGGCCAUAUAUGUUCCUUCUUUAGCUCGCCUUUCGAAAAAGAAUCAUCGAGCAGUGAUGUAAACCAAUCAAAGCUUUCUUCAAAUUGUAAAACUUACGAGGCAUCUUUUUUCCUUGAUUUAGUGGAUGUAGCUCUAUGUUACGAGCCUCACUUUAAACAUGAUGAUGCAUAUGUUGGAUGUGAUGAUACUGAACAAUUUGUGGGCAGCCUUCUAGCUGCUUCUUCAUUCAGCAUAUCUAAUCAUGCCAAAUCAAACUCUGCAAGUAGCGAGUACAAUAUUCAGUUACGGGAUUUGGGACUUCUUAUUUGUCAGUCUUCAGGCUUGAACAACGACUAUGGGAGUUACGAUGUUAAUUAUCUGCAAAAGAUGGGUUAUGCCAAAGUUGCUUCGGCUUGCCUUUUAGUGGCUGUUGUGAAGAUUUAUAGCUUAAGGUGGGAAGUUAAGUGCUCCGACUCGCAUGUCAAUUUCCAUACUUGCCAUGAUACGACUCAUGGACUGUUUCGAUUGAUUGCUCAAUUGCAGCAGCUUUAUGCGCCUGAUGUGGAAGAUGCUCUUGCACACCUGCAAUCUAGGUGGAAUAGUGUCCAACAAAGUCUUAAAACAAAUGGGUCUGAUGAUGCUUUGGAUAACUCUCAUUCUUCUCUUAGUUCGGAUUCUGGGAAAGAGCUUUCUCGAAGUGAUGACAACUCUCAAAAUAUUGGGCUGUUGGAUGGGAUUAUUGAGAAUGCUUUCCAGUCCGAUAAUCCUCCUAAUCCUAAUGUGAUUGGUCAGGAUACAGUUGAUAUUAUUAAUCCAAACUCAAGCUUUCCUUUUGUUGAUGCUCUCUCCUCUGUGAAGAUGUCAGCUUGUAACAAUGGGACGGAAGACUGUUGUUCAACAAGUAACUCGGGAUUGGAUAAUAUCGAAAUAAUGUCUGAAAGGGAAGAAUUACUUCCCCCACUAAUUGAAAGCUACUAUUUUCCGGAGACGAUGGAGCCAUCUCUGACAGCAAAAGGUAGUCCACCUCAAGAGGGUCAGAGAUGGACAUAUGAUUUGCCUGCUCGUGCUGAUCUUGAUUGUGGGAAGGUUGAAUGGUAUAUUGAUAGUUAUCCAGUGAUAGUAGAUAACCAUGUUCCAAAUUCUGUACCACUUGAUUCCGAUCAACAUUAUGAGAAAACUAAGUUUGUGCCCGUUGAUUCAGAUGCUUCUGCUCAUUGCAGAGAAAAAGGGAAAGUGCUUUUUAAGAAUAUAGAUGUUAGAUGGAGUAUGUUUGCGGGGUCAGAUUGGUCUAAACAAAUGAAAAGUUCAACUGGAAAGGAUGGAGGUAUUUCCUUGGAACUUAUUUUGUCAGGGUUGAAUACUCUAUAUGCAAUAUUUCCUGAAGGUGAGAUCAAUGUAUCAAAACUUUCCAUCGAUGCCCAAGACUUAAAUCUCUAUGACAAAAGUGCAAAUGCUCCAUGGAAAAUGGUGAUCGGGCAUUAUAAUUCCAAAGAUCAUCCAAGAGAAUCCUAUGCUAAAGCAUUUAAGUUAGAUUUGGAAACGGUGAGGCCUAAUCCAAUGACACCUCUUGAAGAUUACAGGCUAUAUCUUGAGCUUCUUCCGAUACGGUUGCAUCUUGAUCAAAGCCAGAUAAAUUUUCUCAUUAGUUUCUUUCGCAAUGGAUUAUCUGUUGAAGAGUCUCCAGCUAUAUCUAAGGAUGUAGAUAUGUCAUGUAUGGACGAGAAAAUGAGUAAAGCCUAUAGAAAUCUGCCAAUUGUUGAGGAAGCAUUACUUCCCUUUUUUCAGAAAUGUGAUGUCAAGCCUCUGGUUGUGUGUGUUGACUAUGUUCCUCGUCACAUGGAUCUCACAUCACUUAGAAGUGGAAACUAUGUUGAACUUCUGAACCUUGUUCCCUGGAAGGGGAUAGAUUUGCAGCUGAAACAAGUGUGUGCUGUUGGAGUUUAUGGCUGGGCGAGUCUGUGUGAGACAGUAGUUGGGCAGUGGUUGGAAGAUAUUUCUCACAAUCAGGUUCACAAAUUAUUGAAAGGUCUCGCUCCUGUUAGGUCAUUGGUUUCUGUUGCCGCUGGCGCUUCUAAAUUGGUUACGUUGCCUGUCAAAAGUUAUAGAAGAGAUAAAAAACUUGUCAAGGGAGUGCAGAGGGGAGCAAUAGCUUUUGUUAAAAGUAUUUCUCUUGAAGCUGUUGGAUUGGGUGUUCAUUUGGCAUCAGGGGCUCAUGAGAUACUUCUUCAGACAGAAUUCAUUCUUAGGAAUAUUCCAUCUAAUGCACCAUCACCGUCCGAUAAGAAUAGAAGAAAAAAGUCAGCAAAUUCUAAUCAGCCUGCAGAUGCACAAGAAGGCAUUCGCCAGGCAUAUGAGAGUCUGAGUGAUGGCUUCAGUAGGACGGCUCGUGCAAUACUCGGAACUCCGAUCACAGAAUAUCGACGAGGUGCCAGUGCUGGAUCUGCUCUAGCAACUGCAGUCCGUGCAGCUCCUGCAGCAGCUAUAGCCCCUGUUACUGCUUCUGCUCAUGCCAUGCGCUGCGCUCUUCUUGGAAUGAGAAACAGCCUGGACCCAGAGCACCAGAAAGAAUCUAUGAACAAGUAUCUUGGUUCCUCCAGGCCAUAGAUGUUCCCUAGCAAGUCUCAAGACUUCAGCCUAGUUUGUUAGCUAUUCCCAAUCUGGUCACCCAAUUCUCUGCCUCCGGCUACUGCUACACGAUUUCCAGCAACUGGUGAGCUACACUGGGCAAAUUUUCCAGCUCCAACUUAAUUCCACCUGCAAUUAUGUACAUAAAUGUGAAUAUUUAAACACAUUCUUUUUUGUAUCAGAAUGUAAAUAAUUCACGUCCUUGUUUUCUUACCCUUUUUAGGUUUUUGUAAACAAUCAGUGGAGCAAAUUGCUCUGUAAAUAUAUCUCACAAUGUUUGCAUUUUCUAUCCUUUUUUUAUGU